ACUGUGUAUUCUAUGACCGACGCUUGCGCUGUGAUGUCCUUUCUGUGAAAGCACAGUUCUUUCACACGUAAACCUGUGAUUUGGACUAUUGUGUACUUUCAAAGUAGUAUAUUGAAAUAUUUAUAUUUUGUAUGAAAUACGUUUCAAACGUUACGUAUUAGAGUGAAUUUACAUAGACACGGUUAUUAAUAGUUGUUUGCAGAGAGAAAUAUUGAAAUAGUUUCAUUGGUAUUGCUGCUUCAUGUUCCAUUAUGAGUGACUAUUCAGCGGUUGCUCCGCCUCAAAAUUUCAGCCAGAGCUCCGCGUUUGCGGCGGCUUUGCAGCGUGCAAAACAAAUAGCUGCAAAGAUUAAUCCCGCUAGUGCUCAAAAUAACCAAGAUGCGAAAUUGAAACGUCCUCUUGAAGAUGGUUCAGACAUUGACCAAAUUAUCCUUAUAGAGCCAGAGGCUAAGAAAAUAGCGUCAUUAGUAGCAGACCCGUUAAUAGGGCUUCGUGGUCCACCGGGAAGUAACUCAUUAGGUGAUUCAAAUAAUCAGAGUGGUAGAGCAGGGCAAGCAGGAUCAUCAGGACCCUUGGGGAAUGUGGGAGGUAUUUGUAACGAAGAUAUCAGAGUUCCCGAUAAAAUGGUUGGUUUAAUAAUUGGAAGAGGUGGAGAACAAAUAACAAGAUUACAAAGUGAAACAGGAUGUAAAAUACAAAUGGCACCCGAAAGUGGUGGGCUACCUGAACGUGUUUGCACGUUAACUGGGUCAAGAGAAGCUGUCAACCGAGCUAAAGAAUUGGUACUGUCAAUUGUCAAUCAACGAAGUAGAACUGAAGGGAUUGGUGACAUGAAUAUGAGUGGUAGCGGCAGUGGAAUGAUGGGACAUCCAGGAUUUGUUGAAAUAAUGAUACCUGGACCUAAAGUUGGUUUAAUUAUUGGAAAAGGGGGAGAAACAAUUAAACAACUUCAGGAAAAAUCUGGUGCAAAAAUGGUUGUUAUUCAAGAAGGUCCAUCUCAAGAACAAGAAAAACCUUUGAGGAUAACUGGUGAUCCACAAAAAGUUGAAUAUGCCAAACAAUUAGUAUAUGAAUUAAUAGCUGAAAAAGAAAUGCAAAUGUUUCAUAGGGGUGCAAGAGGCAGCGAAAGAAGUGGGAAUUAUUCAAAUGAUAGUAGUUUUAAUCAUGGUUCUGGAACCACUGACGGAGUAGAGGUACUUGUUCCAAGAGCAGCAGUAGGUGUUGUCAUUGGUAAAGGUGGAGAUAUGAUUAAAAAAAUACAGGCAGAAACUGGUGCAAGAGUACAGUUUCAACAGGGAAGAGAAGAUGGUCCUGGCGACAGAAAAUGUAUACUGUCUGGAAAGCAUCAAGCAGUAGAACAAGUUCGUCAACGUAUUCAAGAACUUAUUGAUAGCGUAAUGAGAAGAGAUGAUGGUAGAGGUAACAUGAAUGCAAGAAGUGGUCCAAGAGGCAACGGAUUUGGCGGUAACCGUAAUCCAAAUGAAUAUGGUGGAUGGGAUAGACGUCAAGGAGGACCUAUGCAAGAUAAGAUAGAAACCACAUUUACUGUUCCAUCCUCGAAAUGUGGUAUUAUCAUUGGGAAAGGUGGUGAAACCAUCAAGCAAAUCAAUCAGCAAACUGGAGCACAUUGUGAAUUAGAUAGAAGAAAUCAAAGUAAUGAAAAUGAGAAAAUUUUCAUAAUUCGAGGUAAUCCUGAACAAGUGGAACACGCGAAAAGAAUAUUCAGUGAAAAACUGGGCAUGGCUCCAGCUAACACAUCGUUCACAAGUACACAAGGUGCAAUAGGAUACAAUCCAACUUGGAAUGCUGGAACAGCCUAUCAGGCAUGGCCAAAUCAACCACAAACUGCAGAUACAAGCACAGCAAACCAAGCUCCUGUUCAAGUAAAUCCACAAACAGGGCAACCAGAUUACAGUGCACAAUGGGCAGAAUAUUACAGGUCGUUAGGUAUGCACAGGGAAGCAGAUAUGAUAGAACAACAGGCAAAACAGGGGAAACAAGACCACAAUCAACAAUCCGGAAAUGCACCAAGUCAAGCUAAUGCUUCAACAACGGGUAAUGCUGGACCAGCUCCACAACCACAGCAAACACAACCGCAACAACAACAAACAGGAGCUACUCAAAAUGGAGGUCAAGCAGAUUAUAGUGCACAAUGGGCAGAGUACUAUAGAAGUAUCGGUAAAAUAAAAGAAGCCGAAGCUAUAGAAGCUCAAAUGAAAGCGGGAAAGUUGGGAAUGCAGAAUAAUCAAAUGGCUCAACAACAAAUGCAGCAAAAUAUGCAGGGGCAAUCAGGUCCGGCAGGUGCAGCUCCUAACGCUUUUCCACAAGCUUAUGGAAAUUACCCGGCAAUAAAUCCUGGUUCCACACCGGCAAAUUAUUAUGCAGCGGCGGGAGCUGGAUCUAACACACAACCACAAGCUGGCCAACAAAAUCCGUCUUUUCCAACUGGCUAUCAAAACUACCCCUAUUCACAAACGAAUUCAGAAAGUUAAACUUCCAUCGAGGAGAACCUAAACUAUAGUUUUCAGAUAGUUUCCCAACGGGAUGCGGUUAAUGCCUGCUGUAACUUCAUAUACUGUUUACAAUAAAUUACGAUAGUUAAUCGCUUCGCAAAGUCCAUACACUUUAAAAAAUGACAUUAGAAUCGACUAUGUUUUAUUUAUACCAUAAUAUUUUGUGUUUUUUUUAUACACAAAGAUAUAUACAUAUUGUAGGAUACUCAUGGUUUAAUUUUAAGUAACUGAGAAAUGCCAGAAUUUUAACAUUAGUAUUGGCAUGAUGUCUACUUGUGUUUUACUUAUAUAUAUAUAUAUAUUUACUUCUAUACUAUUGUAUGUAUUUUUGUUCCAUAACACCUGAUUGUAAUAUAAAUUGAAACUGGCAGGUGAUGCGGCAGGUCAGAAACAGGAACGAGGAAUCAACAACAAUGUCCAUACUAUGCUUCCCAUUUAUCAUUAAAGAUACUAAAAAUUAUCCUUAAAAUGUAUUAAUAAGAGAAACAUUUAGAUACUUAUUUCAAUAUGUCAUUUAUUUAUGUUUCACUGUCUCAUUCAUAAAACAUUUCCCUUCAGUAAAUUACAAAACAUUAAUAGCGUAAAUGGCUGUAAAGACAGCUAAGAUUGUUUUACUUAUUAUGUAUGCAAGAAAAUAUGAUAUACAUAUGGUGGUCUACGUACACAUAUACAUACUAUUAUAACAAUACUAAAUACAAUUUUACCUUGGUUCCUUUGCAUUUUUUUAUCAAGUACCACUACUAUUUUUAGAUUUUUGGAGCUGCCAAAUGUAGGAAUGUGUAUACCCGUGCUUCGAUAAAUCUCAUCAAGGGGAUCUACUGUUUAAAAUUUUUUAUUCAGCAAUCUAUGUUUAUAUUCAAAGGAGUCAGGACCUGCAAAACUGGAGAGUUAUGGAUGGCAUAUCAAAUCACUGUUUCUUAACAUAAUUUGUAUGAUCAUAUAUAUUGUUUAUUAAUAUUAUUGAAUGAUUAUUCACGUGAAUUUAAUAAUAAUAAUAGUAAUAGAUGAUGAUAAUAAUAAUAAUAAUAGAUAAUCAUUGGCGAGUUUUACUAGUCAUGUAAAACAAUGACUUCCAAAUUACUUUAUUUUACAAAUAUUGAAUUCAUAUAUUUCCAAUAUUUAAAUAUGUCUAUCUGUUAAAACUGAAUGUCAAAAAUCAGAAACAAAAAAUUUAUAUAUUAUUUCUAGCGAUUAGCAAAUUAUAAAACAUAUGUUUCGCGAUUGUUUAUCAUAUCUGUACUUAAUAUUAUUUGCUCUGUGUGUACAUUGUUAAAAGGAGACCUAUUUACGAAAGUAAUGACCAACAUAUUUUACUUACAUUUAGUUGAAACAACAAUUUGACCAUGUAUAUAAUUAAACUUGAAAUUCAUGAAAGUAAAAACAA